AUGGAUUUUGAAGAAGUGAAAACAAAGUGGGACGUUAUUUUUAAGGAUCCCUUACUUUCCUUAACCUCUUUACGUGAAAAAGGUUAUAAAGGAAAUGUUUGUUCUCAGGGUCUAAGAUCUAUUUGCUGGAAGUUAUAUUUGGCUUAUUUGCCAAGUCUAGAUACCGAAACUUGGUCUCUUACUCUUAAUAAAGAACGACAACAUUAUGCGGAUCUUCGCCAAAAAUAUAUUACGAGUCCAACUACUGAUAAUGAAAAUGAUAGUAACUCGACUGAUUUAAGUGUUAAUAAUCCGUUAUCUUUGGACCAAGCUAAUCCUUGGCAAGAAUAUUUCAAAGAUACGGAAUUACGAAAAAUUAUUAAGCAAGACGUGGAAAGAACAUUUCCGGAAAAUGAAUAUUUUCGUUCUACAUCAGUUCAAAAUCGAUUACUUGAUAUUCUUUUCAUUUAUUGUAAAAUGAAUACUGACGUGUCAUAUCGUCAAGGAAUGCACGAACUUUUGGCUCCAAUAUUAUGGGUAGUUGAUAAUGAAAGUUUGUCUAGUACAAGUGGAUACGCAAUGGAGAAUAGUGAAGAUGCUAUUAUCAGACAAACGUUGAGUGCAGAUUAUAUAGAACAUGAUACUUUUGCGCUUUUUUCUUCGUUGAUGAAAUCCGCCAAAGCUUAUUACGAAUAUAAUGAUGAAGUGUUUAAUCGUAGACCUGCUAAGCGUUCGGGUCAAAGCUCAGAUGUUGAUUAUGCUCGCUUAAUAAAGGAAGCACAAGCAGAGGCCGCAAAAUUAACACCCGUAGUCAUGAAAUGUAAUAAAAUUCAUGAGGAGUAUCUCAGAACAAUUGAUACUGAAUUAUAUAAUCAUUUGAAAAAUUUAGAAAUUGAACCACAACUUUAUGGAAUACGCUGGAUAAGACUUCUUUUUGGACGCGAGUUUCCUAUAAAUCAGGUUUUAGUAUUAUGGGAUGGAAUGUUUGCUGAAGAUCCGACGCUAAGAAUUGUCGAUUUUGUAUGUCUGGCACUGAUGUUGCGUAUUCGUGAUGAGCUACUUGAAUCAGAUUAUGCAGGAUGUUUAAGCAUGUUAAUGCGUUAUCCUUCAAUAAAUGAUAUCGAAGUGCUUGUACCGCAAGCGAUAUAUCUUCGCGAUCAUUUGUCACCUGAAGGUGGUAAUUAUAUAAUUCAACAAAACGCAAUAAGGUUGCGAAAACCCGUCAUUCCCAUUCAGAUUCCUGUCCAAAAAGAAUCAAAUCGUAUUGAAGGUUUGGUACCAGAUGGAUUUGUUCAUGUAACUAAGAAUAGUGCCGUGAUACUUAAUAAAGCUAUUUUGUCUGCGGUAGGAGAAGUAAAAAAAAAUGUUCUUCGUCGUCCCGAUGGUCAAUAUGAUCAUGGAAAACGUCAAAGCACGUCAGAUUUUCCCCAGAGAUAUGCACAUUCCUAUCAACAAAUGGCACAUGACACAGAAUCCCAUCAAAAUUCAGAAGACUUCUUAAAGCUUAAGGAACAAAAUCGGCAGAUGGGAAUCGUUAUACAAAGGAGUAUUAAUAUUCUUGAACAAGAGUUAUUGGGAAAAACAAAAUCUAGAGAAGAUGUUAAUGCAGGAGAUGCCGAUAAGAUCGAAAAAAGUUCCGAUGGAACAACAUCUCGUUCUUCAUUCGAGUAUAUUGCGGGUAAUAACAAUGAAGAAUCCAACGUACCAACGUCAAAUGAUAUUUCGAUUCUUAACGUUUUGCAUGGACUUAAACAUAUCAGAGAUGUACUUAAUGGGUCAGUUAAAGAAUUCAAUCCCCACAUUCUAGAUUUGACAAAUAACAAUGCAGAAGAUCAUGAUCAUUGGGAAGUUGUUGAUGAUGGUGUUAGUGUAGUGAGUAUGGCUGGAACGGAAGACGAAACUGUAUCUGUUACUAAAGAAGUUCAAACAAAGCAAGAAAGGAUUGCACCCUCUGUAAAUGCACUUAAAACACCUAAUUUAGAUUCUACUUUUACAAAAGACUCCGAAGUUUCUCGUUCAUCACCGCCACCGUCUUCAUUUUCGUCGCCGCUCUCAGACGAAACAUCAUCACAAUCUACAUCAUUACAACAAUCAAAUCCGUUAGCUGACCAAAUUAAAAUAUCUAAUUCAGUUAGCGAAAAACCGAGUUUAAUAUCAACUACUCAAUCUCGAUCAUCGCCCAGAGGAGUAAAGCCAACAUCAAUUUCGUUACCCAAAUCGAAGAUGAAAUUUAAUGAUACACUGAAUGAUUCAGAUAAGCGUAGUGUUAGUACACCAAAAUCGUCCAUUGUAUCGAAUUCAAAAUAUAGCUGGAUGGUUGAAGGUUGCACAGAAGAUGAUGAUAAUUCAUUAUUUAACCCUAAAAGAUCUAGCAUCAUAGGUAUUAGUGGAUUAUCUAGCUAUUCUUCAGAACGUACGAACUAUGGAUAUCUAGAUGGUCCAAUAGAAGAUCAGGACCAAUUUGAAAAAUCAACUUCUCCAAACUUAACACAAAAACGUUCGAAAAAUACAUCUCCUUCCGAACGUAAUAGAAGUGAAAACAUAGGAACAGCAUCUUCAAUGAAUAGUGUGAAAAAAGCUAAUAAUAAUGUAACACCUGCGAUUCCUGUUGAAGAUCCUUUAGGAGUUUUGUAA